GUAGCCCGGGGAUCGCCGCGCAGGCGCAGUUGGGUGCACGGGUGGAAGAUGGCGGCAGCCGGGCCGUGGGUACUUCUGCUUGUGCUGGUGGUGCUGCUGACCGGCGCGGUCGGGGACGGGAAUCGGCCGAAGGCCGGCAAGAAGAAAAAAGACAUCCGCGAUUACAACGAUGCCGAUAUGGCGAGGUUGCUGGAGGAAUGGGAGAAAGAUGAUGACAUAGAAGAAGGUGAUCUACCAGAACAUAAGAGAUCUUCACCACCAAUAGACUUUUCCAAAAUUGAUGCCAGCAAUCCUGAAAGCCUUCUGAAGAUAACCAAGAAAGGCAAGACACUAAUGAUAUUUGUAACAGUGGCAGGGAAUCCCACUGAGAAGGAAACUGAAGAGAUUACCAGUCUUUGGCAAGGCAGUCUCUAUAAUGCAAAUUAUGAUGUACAGAGAUUUGUAGUUGGUUCUGAUCGGGCCAUAUUCAUGCUGCGCGAUGGAAGUUACGCUUGGGAGAUUAAAGACUUCCUGAUAAAUCAGGAACGCUGUGCAGAUGUUACCGUCGAGGGGCAGACGUAUCCUGGAAAAGGAGCUGAGAAAAAGAAAAAUGAAAUCAAGCCGGAUAAGAAAAAACCUACAGCAGCUUCGCAGAAAGAUAAUCGGGCCAACAAAAACGAGUUGUGAAGUAAUUGAGCUAGAUGGUGAUCAAAAAUUUCCUUUUGCAUCACGUGUUGCCUUUUGAUGUUGAGAUUCCUUGAUGUUGAGAUUCCUUAAUGUGGAGCUGCCGUAGGAUCCAAGAUGCUGGAUUUCGUAACUCACUGAAAGUCUUUGAAGUUGGAACUAUGGUCAGAUCCUAAUGCUCACUCUCAAUGUAUCUCAGUGACUCGCAGACUUAAUGAAAUCAAAAAGGGUGCAACUGAAGUACAGUCAAUAAAAUCAUCUGUCUGUGCUUUGCACCAUAACACUGAAUAGGCUGUCUCUUCACAUGGUAAUAUUUAAAUGUAAAAACAGGUUCUUUUCUGUGAUCCUCAGACUAAUCCUCAGACUAUUUACUGUUGAUGACUUUUAUGAAUGGUGACUAGCACAUGCACUCUAACUUCAGUGAUAUAAUUGAAUGAGUUAUUUUUCAUUCACCAGUGUUGUGUACUAAAUUUAUUUUGGACAGUACUUGGGCACAAUUGGUACUGCAUUCAUGUAUGUUGUUGUAACAUUUAUUUUGGUCAGCCUUUGUAUUGAAGUACAGCUCAAUCUGUAUCUAAUUGUAUUACAUGACAAUGGUACAUAUGACAGUCAAAUGUGUAUUUUUCAGUUGUCAGGAACCGUUUUAUUUCAAAGAGAAUUGCUCAAAAUUGUAUUCCAUUUUCCUGAACUGCUAAACUAUGAAUUGGUAAACAUUUUUUACAGAAUAAACCUGUGUAUACAGUCAGAACAAGA